GGCGGAUUUAGUAUGAUAUUUACCGCUAAAUGGAGAAAAGGAAGAGUGAAGGGUUAUUCUAAAGGAAAACUUAAUCGAACAGGUCCUAUAACGGUAGUAUUAAAAGUCCUUAAAGAUUCUCAAAAUAUCAACUCGACAUUUAUAAAGGAGUUGCAGAAUAUUACUGAAACCCAACCUAACUCAUCUAUGCGUAAUCUUGUUCAUUAUUACGGAGUAUCGCAACAUCCGAUAACAAAAAAUUAUAUAUUUGUUAUGUCUUAUAUGGAAAAUGGAAGUUUGCGUGAAUAUUUAUCCGAGCAUUUUAAUGAUAUCAAAUGGAUGGACUGGGAAGAAA